AUGUAUGAGUUCCAAUUUCAAAAGACUUUGGCACUUCGUUAUUCUGAUGCGUUUUUCUCUAUAGUAGGUGCAAGGAAUAUAUUGUAUGAGUUCCAAUUUCAAAAAACUUUGGCACUUCGAUAUUCUGAUGCGUUUUUUCUCUAUACCAUUGGAAUUCGU